CCGCCGUGGACUGGGUGCGAAGACAGGUUGGCUGCGGAUGAGAGGAGGACGAAGCCGUAUUUUCCGCCAACAUUCACGCACGUCCGCGGCUUCGGUGUGACACUGUUGAGCUCAACACCGACUGUCAAGAUCCUCGUCAGAAGAAGAACCGGACUGAACAACUUGAGAUUUGAACCAACUCGGGUUUACAAGCUUGACACCGAGCACAUAAAGAGGAAGACGAGGUCGGCGGAAGUUUGGCUUGCUUUUCUUGAGGAAUUUAGAAAGCACCGGGACUGCCUGGAAUGGUUGAGCCCAGCCCUCCGGCGAUGCACCUCCUCUCAAAUGUGGAUGGCAGCAUGACAUGUGUUGGUGUCAAAUUAGAACAGGAGGACGUGAGUCGAGGAUCUGGACUCGUCAACAACGCUGAACCUGCUCUCAAGAUGUCUCCCUCUCGCGACUGGGUAGGGAAUCAGCCACUGGUGGCUCGUCAGCUUACACCACCUCUCUCCUGUUCACCUUUGGAGGAUUCUCCAGGUAAAGAGUUGCCACACAAACAAAGCCAAGCGAUGCUCAAGGAGACAAAGCUUCAGGAUCCACCAAAAGUGCAGGCUAAGGAAGGGAACCCAGAGUCUCUGGCGGAGAAGGAGCUUCAGUUGUUGAUGAUGAUCAACCAACUGAGUGGACUACGGGAACAGCUCCUGGGUGCCCACUCCGAGCAGAGGAACAUGGCUGCCUUGCUUCUAGAAAAACAGCAACAGCAAAUGGAGCUGGCCCGGCAACAGCAAGAGCAGAUUGCUAAACAACAGCAGCAGCUGAUCCAGCAGCAGCACAAGAUCAACCUUCUUCAGCAGCAGAUUCAGCAGGUAAACAUGCCCUACGUGAUGAUCCCGGCUUUCCACCCCAGUGCCCAAAAUCUUUCAGUCCCGUCUGACCCUCCGAUAGGCUUGCCAUUGCAGCCAAUCCCAUGCAAGCCAGCUAUGGACUAUCCCAUGCAGCUGCUGUCCACGACUGUUAAGAGGAGCGGUGGUUCCAUCCGGCAGGAGCCCGGUCAGCCCUUGAACCUGACGUCCAAGCCUGGGAAAGCCCCCAGUCCAAAAUGCAUGGAAAUGGGAUUACUCGGGGUGCAAAGUACCUGCAGGCACAGAGAUGUGUCAAAGGACGCAUCACACAGCCCGCCAUGGUCUGCCCUCACUUUACUCAGAGACAGUGAUGUUGUCACCCAAGCCAUUCAUGAUGCCCAGCAACUACUGAGGAGUCACAACGCUGGAGGCCAAGAGAGAGAGAGAGAAAGAGAAACAGACCGAGAAAGCAGCAGAAAAGUGGAUUGCAGAUAUCCUCCUUGUGGUGAGAGAAGUGUUCAUUCCGAGCAAGGUGACGACCGACACACAACACUGUCUGCCGACGACCACCUCAGCAGUGACUCUGAGAGUCCCCUGCAGGUAUCCAGCAGUUACUCUGAAGCCCGCCCUGCUCCUUCCUCAGGUCACAUCAAGAGACCCAUGAAUGCCUUCAUGGUUUGGGCCAAGGAUGAGCGCAGGAGAAUCCUGCAGGCCUUUCCUGAUAUGCACAACUCCUCCAUCAGCAAGAUCCUGGGCUCCAGGUGGAAGUCCAUGUCCAACCAGGAGAAGCAGCCUUACUAUGAAGAGCAGGCCAGACUCAGCCGACAGCACCUGGAGCGCUACCCGGACUACAAGUACAAACCCCGGCCCAAACGCACCUGUAUUGUGGAGGGACGUCGGCUGAGGGUGGGCGAAUACAAAGCCAUGAUGAAGAGCCGCAGACAGGAACAGAAGACGACAUACACCAGGAGUCCAACAGAACCACAACCCAUCCACUACUCGCACAACGAUGCAUUGUACCAGACCAGUGGCGGUGGCAGCGCUGUCUCCAUGGCAUCCAUGUCCUUUCACUCCUCCCUUCUGGAGCAUUACCUGCCGCAGCCUCCGCCUGCGUCGCAUCGAGUCGAGGGCCUGGCCACACCUGCCCCUGUGCCCCGGCUGAGACAGCCGGACAGUGAGCGGCAGCAAGCGCCGUACAGCGAAGGAGAGGAAAGUGACAGAGGGGACAGAAGUGAGGGGGAACUUGUGCUCCUCACCGAUUGAAAGGAAUACAUGAACAUUCCAAAUGAACUGGAAAUAAAAGAAGGGAAUCGGUUGUCACUGAAUCUUAGAAAGCCGCGUUCCCUUGUAAAUUAUCCCCAGUGACGCACACCCUAUUCACAUAAGGCAAGCUCUUAUCUCACUCAUUUCAUGUCAAAAGUCAACAAAGACUUUCACUUAGAACCAGGCAACAAUAACGGACCACGAUGACAGCUGGGAUAGGCUCCAGCACACCCACAACCCUUGUGACGAUAAGCGGCUUAGAUAAUGGAUUGAUAUCUGCCAGGUACAGUCUUGUCUUGCCCCCAUGUUGCCGCUCAAGAAGGCUGUGAAUGCUACAGGGAAAGGACAAACAAUCCAUAUUUCGUUUGGGACAUGAUGGGACUCAUUCUUAUACCAGCACUGCCUCCUGCUGAUCAAGUCAGGCCAUCAAAACACAGACAAUGCCUUCAUUUUGCGCAAGCUCCUUAAAUAACAUUUAAUACUUAAAAAAAAGAAGAGCUUUCAAUAUUUGUUCUGUUGCAUAGUGUGUCAAACUUGUGGUCUUGAAUAUUUUUAACACACACACACACUCCCCUCUGUGUUUACUUUAUGGAAUGUUUCUUGACUGUUAUAAAUGCACCUUUGCAGUGUACCUGACUAUCUCUUGUUCAGAUACAGCUUGACUGCACAAAUUAUCUCUCUCUCUCUCGCUCUCUCUCGCUCUCUCUCUCUCAAAACCUCUUGCAAUGGAAUCAGUGGUGUUGCGGUGCAAUGAUCUGCACUUCUUGAGGCGUUUACUAGUAAAGGUUCUAUUUGGUGACAGAUAAUUCGGUUUUAGACUCAGUUGUAUUUGGGCAUUGUUCCUUAUUGUUAGGAUUACAAAUGCGUUUUCAUACCACAUUUUAUUGCAUUCUUCCAUAAACAUCCAUCCCCCGUAAUUGAAAGCAAGCAUUGAUAUGAAAUGAGCAUGGUGGGCUAGUGGUGAAGCACUUCUGCAUUUUCUGCACAUUCAAAUCUUGGCUCAGAGCUCCUCCGUGUUUUGCGGCUCGUCUGGCUUCUUCCUACACUCGGAAACAUGAAACGGGAGCUUAAUGGAAGACUCAAAAUAUUCCAUGUGUGUGAUAUAUGCCCCGCGAUUGACUGGCGACAAGUCCAUGUUGUAUCCUGGCUUUCCGACCCCAAGUAAACUGGGAUAGGCUCCAGCUCACCGAUGAGCCAAUUGUGACUCAGCAGUCUACAAACUAGAUGGAUGUUUUAUGGAAUGUUACAGUAUUGUUACUCGAACAAUGCAAACUCUCUGUCUGUAUCACUUUUUUAUAUGGGUAUGGGUGGUCUUGGGUUCUCAAUGCUCAUCUUACAGAGUGAAACAGAGUUCUACUGUUGAUACAUUGACAUAUGCUGGAAACCAAAUCUGUACUUUUUAUAUUCAUGCAGUUUACGUGUAUUCUGUCUUUGCUUGUAAGAGUUCUUAAACUGAAAAUGUGUGUUUAUAGGCGUCCGUAAGUAGUUUUAUGUGAAUGUGAAAACAUACAGGAUACAAAAAUGGCUGCUUCAUUUUAAAGGCAGUGCUGGAAGACAUGGAUGAUUUUGCAUAUUUAAAUCAAUCUUAAUACCCAACAUCAGAACACUGGGUUUAGUUUUCUUUCCACCAACUCCAAGGUUGACCCAGCAAAAAGAGGAAACCUUAAGAGUUGAGGAUGCUGCAUUGAAAACAGAGGAAAAUCCCCAAUCUUAUUUUAAUAGUGACACAUUGCUGAGGAACUGAUCUUCACCCCUGAUAAUGUAAAUACAGAAAGAGACUUUAUUUUGUUUUAUAAAAGCUUGUGUAAUUUAAAAGUGUACAUUUUUCUGUUUUAUGGGGUUUAUUCUCUUCAAAAAUAAAAUCAAAACAAAUGUA